UCGAGACGGUCAGUCAGUUGGUCUGCUAACCAAUCGUGUAUAAGAGAGUCUAUACGACCCAACUCUUCUCUUUGGCUCCGAUUCUUGAGGCCCUGAAUCAGUGCGACUUGUUCUCUUCUACGAUGCACAUCCAUUUUACGUUCUCUCUUAUAUUUCUCGAAACACUUUCGUUCAUUCACUUUUAGUUUAAAAGGAUUUCAAAAAAAGUGUUUGUGUUUUGUUAAAGUGAUUAUUAAGUUACUAGUGAAUUGGGAUUUAUAAGAAAAAAAAAUAUGCAAAUUGUGCGUGAAUUGUGGAUUUUGAAUCAUUUAAGUUGAAAAGAAGAGGAUAUCGUUUUGAAAAGAAAAAAUAUCGAAAAAUUGUGAUAAAAAAUGCUUUAAAAAUAAGUGGAUUUUUUUGGGGUAAAUUUUUAACGCCAUGGCGCCUCCUGAUGAUCGACAUAGAUCAGGACUCAGCCUCUCAUUUCUCGAUUUGGCGAAAAUUCGAGCACUGGUUGAAUCAACGACAGUAUUGAGUGGACCAAUGUGCCCAUCAUGUGAAAUGCCAUUCGAUAAGGGUAAAAAAAGACGUCUAAUAGAUUCAUGCGGUCACGAGAGAUGUUAUUCAUGUUUAUUUCGAAGUGAGGCCUGCCCUCUUUGCUUACGAAGAAAUGAGGAGGAUCAUUUUAACGAGGAAGACGGCCUCGAGGGCCCUUUUCGCGACGGAAGAUUUUGCCCCUCGGGGCCCUUGUCUAUGCAACAUCCCACCGAGGACUGGAUCGACGACUCUUCUACUGUAAAUUCCUUAUGUAGCAGUCCAAGACCACGUACACGAGGGCCACUCAUUCUACCACGUUCUCAACGCGAUGGGAACGAAAUUAAUUCUUCCUCGGCGAUGGGAAGGCUCAAACCUCCAGUUUUACCCGAGUCUUCAUCUUCAAAACACAAAGUUAAUCCAAUGGCUCAAAGUUGCCCAACGCCUCCUGCUCAACGGAAAAGAUUUUUCCUCAAUUCAAAGGCGUUAAAAAGUCCCUUUAGUUCACAAAGAUCCGGAAAACGAGAUCCAAUAUCUACAGAGCAAAGUGCAAACGACAACCCGUCAGCGUUAUCAGCAUGGAUGACGACUUCCCUGGAGGGAAAGUCAAGAUGGACGGGAAUUGUUCUUGGAAAGAUCAAAAAUCUAUGGAGCAGUAGCCAAGGAACUGCUAGUAAUGGAUUAAAUCAACUCGUUGAUACAUGCAACAAAAUCCAAGAUGACGAAAGUGUAAAGCCAAUAGCCUCUUCGAAAACAAAGAAAUCGUCACAAUCGGAUCUUUACAUGAGACUGGGACUUCUUUUGGGUAAUGGAAGACAUGCCGGUGUUGACGUUACUGAACUUCCGGGACAAACACGUCCUCAAUCGAAUCCAAAAUUAAAAUUACCCCAUUUAAAUAAUUUACAACAGGGCCACGACAGUUCAGCGGCAUCGUUUAGUAGUUUAACAAGUUUUGAGACACAAACACAUCCAUCGAAUAAUACAAGUCCAGUGUCAACAUUAACUGGUACAUCAAGUGAGGCUGAAGCCGUGGCAGCACUACGAAGUCCAUUAAAACUCAAGGGUAAAGUUAAGGGUGUCAAAAGUAAAUCAUCAUCACGCGAUUGUGAUAGUGCCGGAAGUUUAGCAUCAAUAUCAACAUCAGCUUCAAAUUCCAUGUCAAUGUCGGUUUCCGUUUCUGGAUUAUCAAAUGGAAGUGCAAGUCCACUCACAACAAGAAGACAUUCCGUGACUACCUCACAACCUGGACAAGUUGAUGAGCUCGGUCAGACUUUAUUUAAAAAUCGAAAAACAUGCGUGAGACGAUCAGCACGCGCUGGCACUGUCAAGGGAUCAUUCGACUCCAAAAUGCGAUUUCUUCAUGCAGCGCAACUGACGUUGAAACCUCUUUUCUUUGAGGUUCCAUUAUUGGAGAUUGAUCCCGUUUUUACUGGACGUCUCUGGUUGCUUCAAGAAUUUGAAGCUGUUGUCCAGGGAUCAAGUUCCGGUAUUCUCAUUUCAGGAUCACCGGGAACAGGAAAGACUGCCUUAAUUCUUCAACUUGUCGAAUACAGUUGCUUUGGUCGUCGUAAAGAUCAAAAGGAAUCACAAAAAGUUGAAAAUGAGGAAAAAAUUGAAAUUUCUCCACAUCCAAGCAUCAAAUCUACAAACGAUAGGAUUCGUGACCUGGCAUCCCACGUCGUGGCUUACCACUUUUGUCAGGCUGAUAACAACUGCACCUGUCUUGUACCUGACUUGAUUCAUUCUUUAGCAGCACAACUCUGUCAAGCUCCACAACUUGCAGCUUACAGAGAAUACUUACUAUCAGAGCCACAUCUCCAAAGAUCCCUUUCACUCAGGGAGUGUACUGUCGAUCCAGAUCUUGCUUUAUCGCGAGGAAUUAUCGAACCUCUUUUGAGUCUCAGACGUGCCGGGAGGUUGCCGGAAAUAAAUAUGAUGAUAUUGAUUGACGCGGUUUGUGAGGCAGAAUAUCACAGGCCAGAUAGAGGAGAUACAAUUGCCUCUUUUUUGACGAGACACACACCAAAUUUUCCAAGUUGGUUGAAAAUUGUCUGUACAGUGAGAACACAACUUCAAGAAUGUACGAAACAAUUCCCCUAUACAAGAAUUUGUCUUGAUAAAAGUAUAAACGAUCCAAUGGGAAUUAAUAUCACGAAGGAUCUCACCGAUUAUGUCAACUAUCGUCUAACUCAAAGUUCAGCAAUUCAGACAAAUGUCACAGCAUCAUUGAAUGGGAAGGCAGAAUCUUCAAAUAGUGCAACUCAAACGCGAUUUAUUUCACAUUUAUUGAAUCUCGCAAAGGGUUGCUUUUUAUUUGUUAAAUUGACAUUAGAUCUUAUCGAGAGUGGACAUUUGGUGGCUAAAUCGGCUAGUUAUAAGGUUUUGCCAGUUUCUCUCGCUCAGAUUUAUCUUUUACAUUUUAAUCUGAGAUUUCCCACAGCAACCUCGUUUGAUAAGGUACAACCUCUUCUUGGUGUUUGUCUAGCUGCUUUGUAUCCGUUAACUCUUCCGGAAAUUUAUUAUUCAGUCAAUGCCCUGAACAUGGACAGUUUCGUUUCCUGGGAAGACUUCAUGCAGAGAUUCAAGAUGCUCUCCGGUUUUCUUGUGAAACGUUUAGACAAUACAUAUAUGUUCUUUCAUCCAUCGUUCAGAGAAUGGUUAAUGAGGAGAGAUGAAGGCGAAUCAACGAAAUUUUUGUGCGAUUUACGAUUGGGACAUACGGCAAUUGCUUUUCGAUUAUCGAGACUUCAAGCUCCAUUGGAUGGUGAAAAAGCUUUAGAACUUGGUCAUCAUAUUUUAAAAGCUCACGUCUAUAGAGGAGUUACACCAUGUUGGCCUUCAAGAGAUCUUCAGGCUUCGUGGUUGGCAUCAUCUUCGGAAUGCGUAUCAUCGGCACUUUGUACAUUGAGAAAUAUUUACAGUCCAAAUGUAAAAGUAUCAAGAUUGCUUCUGCUGGCAGGAGCAUCUCCAAAUUUCAUCACUGAAUAUCUUGGAAAUGCACCGGCACUUUGUAUGUACGCUCAUGAAGGUUCCGUGGAAAUGGUUUCACUUUUAUUGGAAUUUGGCGCCGAUGUUGAAUUGACGAAUAGUCAAGGUUGCACGGCUCUUUCUCUUGCAUCUGCUCGAGGUCACUGUGAUGUUGUUAGAAGACUUGCUGCUGCGGGAGCUUCUCUAGGACAUGCGGAUAUGGCGGGUCAGUGUUCACUGGUCCAUGCGGCUAGACAUGGACGCCUUUCGGUCGUAGGCUAUCUACUCGCUUGCGAUUGGCACAUUCCUAAAACACAGGAGAUUGAAACAAGAAUUCCAGAGUUGGGUAGAGAAGAAGCAGCUCAGCAAGCGGUUGUUGCUGCUGCGGCUCAAGGUCACGAAUCAAUUGUCGAAUAUCUAUUAGAUAUGGCAGAGGUGACGGUCGAUGAACCCGAUAGUUUAAUUGGUGAAACAGCAUUGACAGUAGCGGCUGCAAAUGGAUCUACGGCAACUGUCUCGGCACUUCUUGCUCGCGGAGCGAAUCCACUUGCUACUAAUGCAAAGGGCCUGAGUCCUCUUAUGUUGGCAGCUAAAGAGGGUCAUUGGGGAACUGCCGAAAGAAUUCUUCAAGCGACACUUACGGCAAGUAGUGAUCAAGUGGUGGACGAAUGUAUUCCACUUUUAGCACAAAAAGAUGGCGCAGGACGAAAUUGCCUGAUGAUAGCUGCCGGUGAGGGUCAUACGAAUUUAAUUGAACUCUUUUUGGAUAAAGGAUCAGUAAUAGAAGCGACUGAUAGAGAAGGACUCACGGCUCUCGCUUGGGCUUGUGUUCGUGGAAGAUUGGCAGCUGUGCAACAUCUCAUUGAACGUGGAGCUGAAGUUAAUACAACUGAUAAUACCGGUAGAACUCCUUUGGAUUUGGCUGCAUUUCAGGGUAAUCCAAAACUUGUACAGUUUUUGCUUGAGAAAGGCGCGGCUGUUGAGCAUGUCGAUAUUCAUGGAAUGAGACCACUCGACAGGGCAAUUGGUUGUCGAAAUGUAUUAGUGGUUCAGUGUUUCCUGCGAAGAGGAGCAAAAUUAGGACCAGCAACAUGGGCAAUGGCAGCGGGAAAACCAGAUGUUCUUCUUAUUUUGUUAAAUAAACUUCUUGAAGAUGGUAAUGUACUCUACAGAAAGGGUCGACUCAAAGAAGCAUCACAUCGUUAUGCCUAUGCUCUUAGAAAAUUUCCUGAACCUCCCGAACAAAUUCACAAUCGUAAACUCCAAGAACACAGUCAAUUGUUGCUUCAUCUUCAAACAUUUGCUCAACUCAGGCUCAAUUUUCUCCUUAAUCUCAGUCGAUGCAAACGUAAAAUGAAUGAAUUUGAAGAAGCUAUAGAGUUGGCGGAUGAAGCAUUGAAAAUCAAACCAUCAUCAUAUGAAGCCUAUUAUGCGAGGGCGAAGGCACGAAUUGACGUUGACUAUCUUGACGAAGCACUUGCCGAUGCACAAGAAGCACUUCAUAUUAUUCCUCUACACAAUCGAGAGGAUCGAAGAGUAUUGACUGCACUGAGGGAUGAGAUAAUCUCGCGACUUGAAGGCUCAGGUAUGGGGACCAGUAAGGGGUACGAAGGCGGCGGUUCAAGGUGUCGUCUUCGUGCCUCCAUUGACACGCUUACAGAAUUGUAAAUUUAUUUCCUUUAUUAUAGAAAGAAAGAGAGAGAGAAAGAUAUUUCCCACGUAGAAUUUAAGAAAAAAAAACUGAUCAACUCACUGGUUUGAGGAAAAUCAGUCUUUUUUUAAAAAACGAAACGAUCAAAUCGUUUGUUUAUCGAAUUUUCCUCCUGUUCCCAGGUUUCCUUGUUCAAUUAUAAUUGAAAAUUUUUUUUUUUUGAAUUCAUUUUUCCAUUCGAUUUAACGAUUACAAAAUUUAAUAUAUUUAUGACUAAAUUCGUGUAUUAUGUAGUCUAGAUUACGCGUGGCUUUAUUAUCGUUGUUAAGUUGAAAAAAAUUAUUUAUCUCAUUCAGUAUUUUUUCGAAAUUUUCGAAUUGUUUUUAGAAAUUUUUUUUAAUUUUGCGAAACCUUAUUUAUUGAUUUAUUUAAAUUUCUAAAUUUAAGCGAAAUUUACUUUUAAGAAACACACACAUAUAUAUAUAUAUAUAUAUAUAUAUAUAUAUAUAUAUAUAUAUAUAAAACAUAUCUUGCCAUGAAACAUCAAUUGUCGAAAAUAUUUACUAAUUAAUUAUAUUAAUUAUUCAAUUAUUAAUAAUUUUUGUAUUUAUCAAAUAUUGAUUAAUUAAUUAAUUAAAAUUAUGUAAUAAUUUAUUUGAAAUUAUUACGUAAUGUAAAUUAUUACAACAAUUAUUAUAAUUAUAAUUAAUAAUAUUAAUUAGUGUUAAGUAUUAGAGAUUACUAUUAAUGACUCACUGAUUAGCGAUCAAUUUUAAAAAUUAAUCGUUUAAACGACGUUAUUUGAGGUAUAUGAAAUGUUAUUGACCGAUGGGUGUCAAAUAAAACGAAUCAGUUUUUUUAUUCUGAAACUGAGAUUUCUUAUUUUCUUUUUUAGGCUCUAAUACAUUUAUUUCAUAACAAAUUCUAUAUUUAUACAAAGAAUUAGAACACGAAACGUGAAACAUUUUUUUCCCCUGUUUUUUUUACGUGGAAAUAUCUUGUAAGUACACUUUAUCGCUUUCUUUUUGGAUUUUCUUCUUAAUUUAAUAAAUCUAUCUUUUAACUUGAUUAAACAAAAAAA